GGACUGUUGUUGCCUUUGGGUAAGAUGUGCCGCGAAACUCGUAGACUCGUUAUCGAUCAAGUCGGAUAUAUUGUCAAACAGUGCAAGCGAAGAUGGCGGUGUGAUCGACUACAAAGAUUGGCAGAUCUCAGUGGGUCGUAGGUUUCGUGCAAUGAAGCUUUGGGUAGUCAUCAGACGAUUUGGUGUGGCUAACCUGAUGGAGCAUGUUAGGAGCGAUGUGGAGAUGGCCAAGCAUUUUGAGAGGCUUGUUGCGGAGGAUAAGAGGUUUGAGGUCGUUGUACCGAGGAGAUUCGCGCUCGUUUGUUUUAAAUUGAGGCAUGUGGGAGAAGAUAUUGAUGAGGAUGGGGGGAGGAAAUGUUGGGAGAUGAACAGGAGGUUGCUUGAUUCGGUGAACGAAAGUGGGCGGGCAUGCAUGACCCAUGCGGUUGUUGGCGAGCAGUUUGUGCUGCGUUUUGCAGUUGGCACCACGUUGACGGAGAAACGGCAUGUGGAGGAGACAUGGAGGUUCAUUCAGGAGAAGGCCAGUGAGUUGUUAAUGAUGACAAAGGACUUGGGUGGUUAUAAUCUCAAAACACUCCAAGUUUAA